GUCAGUCAGUGGCCACACCACACCUGCACCACUCAAGCUCCAGUGACCACACGCCCACCACCCAAGCUGCUGCUGCUGCUGCUACUGCUUCACACCCACAGUCAAGACGACAGUUCCUGGGGCCUAUCGACCUCCGCAAGCUCUCAUCAUCUUCCGCUCCUUCGACGACGUUCGUCGAGCCAUUGGUACCGGCUCAUGACAUCCCUCUAGUUGACUCUACACUACGGGACACCAUGUCGACGGAUCCUCCUCCCGCGCCUACGGCCACCGAAGUCAAUGGCGAGGUGACGGUGUCUGGGCGGAGCAAUAGCUUCUCCCAGCAGUCUCAAGACUCCCAGACCGCGGCAGAUUUCAUUCGCAAUCAGGAGCUCCUGGAGGCCGACGCGCGUGAAGCCCUCCCCUACAGCAUCGAAAGCUGCACCAAGAUCCUCGGCCCCCUACGACAGAGCGUCUUCGCCUGCUUGACAUGCAAUCCGUCGCCCUCAGAGCCCGGGGACGCCUGGACCCCGGCCGGCGUCUGCUACGCGUGCUCGGUGCAGUGUCACGGCGAGCACACCCUCGUCGAGAUCUUCCAGAAGCGAAACUUUACGUGCGACUGCGGAACGACGCGCAUCCCCGCCACGAGCCCGUGCGCCCUGCGCGUCAACGAGCAGACCAACACCAAGGGCGGCGUGCACUCCGAGGAGCCCGACGCGAACAACAAAUACAACCAAAACUUCCGCAACAGGUUCUGCGGCUGCGAAUGCGACUAUGACCCCUUUAAACAAAAGGGGACCAUGUUCCAGUGCCUCGGACUGGGCACUGCCGAGUCCGGCGGCUGCGGCGAGGACUGGUACCACCCCGGGUGCCUCGUCGGCAUGGGGCCGAAGUGGUACGAAAAGAUGGACGGGUACAACAAGAACAAGAGAGCGAGCGGUACUGUCUCAACUGCUGGCAAUGGCCUCACUACCAUCGCCGAGCACGACGAGGAGCGGCCGCCGCCCGCGCAAGAUGACGCUGCAGAUGUCGCCGUCGUCGACGAAGACGAAGACGAACCACCAAUGCCACCGGGCUUCCCGGAGGAAGACGACUUUGAAGGCUUCCUGUGCUAUAAGUGCGUCGAGUCCAAUCCGUGGAUCAAGAAGUAUGCCGGUACAUCUGGAUUCAUCGACGCCGUCUUCUUCGACUCAGAUACGACAACUGCCGCAGCCAAGGUGGAGGAGCCCGUCAAAGUAGAGGAAUCCGCUUCCAAGAAGCGCAAGGCCGACGACGACGUCGAGGAGGAGGCUGAGGCAAAGCGCGUCAAGAGCGAGACCGGCACCACGGCAGAGGUCUCGGCGAACGGUACCGACGCCUCAACACUCGCUGCUACCCCCCUUGAAGCUCCGCCAACGUCCAACGAAGAGCCGACUCCAGCAAGCCCUACCGGUUGCAAGCUGCCCAACCUACCCGCCGCGCCCUCGCGCCGCUUCUCGCUCUUCUUCAAGGAAGACUUUCGCGACAGGUUCUGCCGCUGCACCGACUGCUUCCGCGCCAUGAACGCGCACCCGCAGCUCCUCGAGGAGGAGGAGGUCUACGAACCCCCCAUGUCGGAUGGCGGCGACGGCGCGUCGCAGCACGGCGGCGGGUCCACGCACGGCAGCGGCAGCCUGCUCGAGCGCGGGGAGAGCGCCCUGCGCAACGUGGACCGCGUGCGCGCCAUCGAGGGCGUCAUGGCCUACAACCACCUCAAGGAGCAGCUCAAGCCCUUCUUCCAGCAGUUCGCCGAGAGCGGCAAGGCCGUCGGCGCCGAGGACAUCAAGGCUUACUUCGCCAAGCUGCGCGGCGACGAGCAGGGCAUCCAGGAGGCUGGGCGCGCCGCCGCCGAGUCCAGCAAGGAUGGGGGGCCGCCGGACGCCGACGGCGGCGGCGGUGCGGCCGACUCGAGGCGCGAGCAGAGCGGCUACUAGACUGGGGGCGGGUGUGCGGGUGCUUGGACCAAGGCAUCCCUCAGCGUAGAGAGGGGAGGCGGUGCUGGCGACUUGAGGGGCGCUCGUCGUGUGUGACGGACUACAAUCAUGUGGGCAUGUAUUUGUACGACAAGGUUUCUGGGUUUUCGGAACAGUAGACACAUCGAGAAUGUACCGCAUGCCGGCGUUAGGUGCUUUGAAUACACAAAUAAGGGACAUGACAUCGCCCUCAUCAUUGAC